UUUCCUAAUUCAUCUGUCAACCAUUUUUUUUGAUACGAUUGGUCGGUGGUCGUAGAUACCGGGCUGACGGCGACAACGGCGUAAAAUUAGUAAUAGGCGACGUUUCUCAAUUUUAGCGUGCCGUUUUGAAGACUCGUUUGUAUAAAAGAUACAUUUUCCUUGGAUUUAACGAGCUUCUGUGCAAAGUGGGCGUUUUGUAAAAUCCACAAAAUCUAUUCAAGAAAAGAUCGUUUUGUCAUUCGUGAAGGUUUUAAACGAGACGGACAAAACACAAAAGGAAAACUAUUGAAAACUUAUAACUUGGGUAUUCGAUCGGCGAGAAUUGUUUGUGUCAAGUACUAUUCGUUGGAAAACUAAACCAAGUUUUUUCGACCAGUUUUGAAUCUCAUCUAUUAAGGGAAAUUGGGGGUGGAUUGUUUCGAUCCGACGACAGUUUGUAUGUUUUACAGGUUGAGGAGGAGAUCGUAAGCUUCAAAUUGAAUGCAAUUGAUCCACAUCAGACUAGGUACAGCUGAGCACAACUUGCGAAUUCGGCUGGACAAUACCCUCCCGUCAACUGCCAAUUGAAGUACGAGGCGGGCAGUGAUUGCUUCGCAGUUUGGCUGGAAAACAGGAGAAUAUCCAGACGAACACGGCGAAGUUGUGCAAUGACUAUUGGGAAGUAGCGAGUUUGUUCUUAGUUUUCUGUUCCUAAUUUAGGAAACAUCCCAACUUGGAGGAGGCAAAGUCAACUUCAGGAUUCCAAAGAAGUAGCGCGAAGAUACUAUCAAAUUGACCUUGUUGAAUUUUGAUUGAUAUAAAAAGCAAAAAUGAAUUUCCUCGGUUUUGGCCAAUCGGCUGAGAUAGAUAUUGUCUUCGAUGGUGCCGAGACACGAAAAAUGGUUGAAGUGAAAACGGAAGAUGGAAAAAAGGAGAAAAUGCUGCUCUAUUACGAUGGCGAAACGGUAAAAGGGAAGGUGAAUGUUACACUGAAAAAGCCUGGGAAUAAGCUUGAACAUCAAGGCAUCAAAAUCGAACUAAUCGGGCAAAUUGAAUUGUUCUACGAUCGAGGUAAUCACCAUGAGUUUGCAUCGCUCGUCAAAGAGUUGGCACGACCCGGUGAUCUCAUACAGAACACAAGUUAUCCGUUUGAGUUUGCUAAUGUUGAGAAGCCGUUUGAAGUCUAUGGCGGAGCGAAUGUUCGUCUAAGGUAUUUUUUACGCGUCACAAUUAUACGACGCUUGAGCGAUAUUGUCCGGGAAGUUGAUAUUGCUGUUCAUACGCUUUGCAGUUAUCCAGAUCUGAAUAAUCCUAUUAAAAUGGAAGUGGGCAUUGAAGACUGUUUGCAUAUCGAAUUCGAAUAUAAUAAGUCAAAGUAUCACUUAAAAGAUGUCAUUGUGGGUAAAAUUUAUUUCCUUUUGGUACGGAUCAAAAUCAAGCAUAUGGAAAUUGCAAUAAUCAAGCGUGAAACAACCGGAUCAGGGCCUAAUAUUUUCACGGAAAAUGAUACAAUUGCAAAAUAUGAAAUUAUGGAUGGUGCCCCAGUGAAAGGCGAAAGUAUACCAAUUCGUGUAUUCCUCGCCGGAUAUGAUUUAACACCGACUAUGCGUGAUAUAAAUAAGAAGUUUUCUGUUAAAUACUUCCUAAAUUUAGUCCUAAUGGAUACCGAGGAUCGGAGGUACUUCAAACAGCAGGAAAUAACGCUCUGGCGAAAAUCAGAGAAAAAUCGUAAAUCUCAACCACAAUUGGCUAAUAAUCCCCAUGUUCCGACACAUUUAGUUGGUGGAGCUGAUAAUAAUAUGUUAUCAUCGUCAUCUAUUAAGUCUAUGCACCAAAGCGGUACAGCAGUCGGAUCAGGUGUUGGUGCAGCCUCACAGCAACAAUCUCUAGCAACACACGAUGGUGGCGUAACAACUGGCGAAGCUCCAGAUGCACCAUCAUCUCCAACGGCUGAAGGGGAGAGAUUCGGUACUGAUCAUACAGUUGGAUUGUUUGUUCGCGAUAAUUCCACACAACCUGCUGGUGAAUCUAAAUCAACUCUGUCUAGCAAUCCUCUGUCUCUACCGUCCAAUCCGGCAGAAUUUCAGCGUGGCAUAGCUGAUGGUGCUUCAGUUCAAUCAGACGAGGCAACUGGAGGAGGAGGUUAUCUGUUCGAUUCAGCUCCAGAUGAUCGACAUUUGCCUAACGCAACCGAAUCUGCAGCGACUGUUUCAGCAGAUAGCAGUAAUAUAGGAACGAACUCGACAAGCGGAGAGGUUACUGCAAAACAGACACCAAUUGCUGUACAAUCAGUCACAGCCACACAAAUUUCAACUGGUACAACUCCACCAAUUCCAGCUGCAAGGACAUCGCUUCAAACUCUUUCCGAUGAACCUCCGCCAAUUUAUGAUGACGAUGAUGAUGAUAAUUCAAUCCAGCAACAUCAUUCGGUCGAACCAAAAGCUAUCGGUUCCCAGUCAACAGGUACAAAACAACAAUCGCAAGUGGAUCCCCAAUCAUAAUCGAUUGUUUUGGGUAAAAGAAAGAUGGAAAGAGUGUAAAUGUCGAUCUUUUUAAGAUCGAAUUAUCCAAUAGAAAUAUUUAUAGAAAUGCCUUCCUUUCCCUUGAUUGUCAGAAUAUAUAUAUAUGAAUGAUGAUAAAUGAAAUAAAGCAAAAUAUUUGGAGGGUAAAAGAUGCAAGGCGAAUCAAGGGAGAUUUCAGUCGAAAUAUUAACUAAAAUUAUCUUGAAGGGUCAAAAUGAAAGCAAGGUGUCGAAAUCUACCACAAUAUGUUGUUACGUAUGGUUUUAUUAUAUUCUGAAGCGAGGUAACAGGAAAAUGCAAUAGAUAACAAGGAAAGGAAGACGUAGAAAUCAUUAAUGAUACUAAAUAUAAUGAUUCAGUGAGUAUAUAUAUUUAUAUGUUUAGGAAACCCAAGCAUAUAACACAUAAUAGUGUAUAGGAAAUUUUUCUAGAAACAACAAGCGAUAUCUAUGAAGCGGAAAUGUUUUUCAAUUUCUUUAAUGAGUGUAUAUGGCCUAUAUCAUCUUAAUUGCAUCUAAUGAUUCGGCAAAAUAAUUUCUGUAAUAUACACAAAACUAUAACCAUGCACACAAAACAGCCAUAGGGACACUUGAACAUAAAAAAAAACUUAAAAAUAAAUGAACGUUUACUCAGCGGUAUUUCCAAUAAAGUUACAAAUGCGUACUCACA